AUGGCUCAACAGGGAGUUCUGCUGGACCAGGACCAGUUCUGUUGUUCUGUCUGUCUGGAUCUACUGAAGGAACCAGUCGCCAUCCCCUGUGGACACAGUUACUGUAGGAGCUGUAUUGAGGGCUGCUGGGAUCAGGAUGUUCUGAAAGGGGUCUAUAGCUGUCCUCAGUGCAGACAGACCUUCAGUCCGAGGCCGACGCUGAGUAAAAAUAACAUGUUGGCUGAGGUGGUGGAGAAACUGAAGAAGACAGGACUCCAGGCUGCUCCCCCUCCUGCUCUGUGCUAUGCUGGACCUAGAGAUGUGGUGUGUGAUGUCUGCACUGGGACCAGAAAGCAGAAAGCCCUCAUGUCCUGUCUGGUGUGUCUGGCCUCUUACUGUGAGACUCACCUCCAAUCUCACUACGAAUCUCCUGCUUUGAAGAAGCACAAGAUGGUCAAAGCCACCGCACAACUACAGGAGAAGAUCUGCUCUCAUCAUGACAAACUGCUGGAGGUUUACUGUCGUACCGAUCAGCAGUGUAUCUGUUAUCAGUGUACAAUGGACGAACAUAAAGGCCAUGAUACAGUGUCAGCUGCAGCAGAGAUGACUGAGAAACAGAGGCAGCUGGGGAUGAGUCAGCAGAAGGUCCAGCAGAGAUUCCAGGAGAGAGAGAAGGAGCUGAAGGAGCUCCAACAGGCUGUGGAGUCUCUCAAGGCAAGCAAGUCCAGUGGAAUUAUACCCUUCCAGUGUCCUACAGCAAAGCAGACCUCUACUGACCUACUUGAUGAAUCUUCGGAUGCUACGGACUAUGACGAUGCAGACUAUGUUCCAGACACAUGUGGCAGUUUCUUGGAUGCUUCUAUUAUAAAUGAAGUAGAAAUGAGUGAUGAUGAUUCCAGCGAAGAAUCCAUUGCUGACCUACAUCAAUGCAAAGGCUCAACAACAGAAACUUCUAGGGACCAGACACUUCUGAGGCAAACACAAGAGUCAACCACCCUGGAUAACAUGGAGGGCACUCCUGAGUCAACCACCCUGGAUAACAUGGAGGGCACUCCUGAGCCAACCACCCUGGAUAACAUGGAGGGCACUCCUGAGUCAACCACCCUGGAUAACAUGGAGGGCACUCCUUAGCCAACCACCCUGGAUAACAUGGAGGGCACUCCUGAGCCAACCACCCUGGAUAACAUGGAGGGCACUCCUGAGCCAACCACCCUGGAUAACAUGAGCAACACACAACCAAGACAUGGUAAAAUAGUCACAUCCCAAGCUUCCUCAAAGUGCUCCAAAGGAAAGCAAGCUGUGAAGGUGAGAAGCAAGUGGACAGGUGAUGAAGUGAAAGCUGUUGAGCGGCAUUUGCUUAAUUUCAUAACAAGUUGCAGAAUACCAGGUAAAAAGGACUGUGACUCCUGCCUACAAGCAGAGCCAGUAGCUCUGAAAGACAGAGACUGGUUUGCUAUCAAAUAUCCACAACAGAAACGUAGCAUUAAAAAGGAAGAUGAAUAGAUAGAACUAGAGCCAACUGUAGCUCAGGUACCAUCCAAUUCCAAUCAGCUUCUCCUCAGAUAGUGUUAAUAUCUGUGGGUUUCAUUUUCAUAUUAUUUUCCUUAAAUGAUUUAUAUUUUUGGUUCUUGUACAAACAUGCCACAUAGGCUCGACUGUAGAUCCAACAUGUUCGUAUUGUUUAUGUAUAAUUGAGGGCUAUUAAUGAGCAUAUGUUUGCCACUUAUGGUCACAUGUUUUUGGAAUAACAGUUGAUGAUAUAGGUUAAUACUCUGCUCUCAUUGACAGGGAAAAGAGAUAAACAGUCCUUAAAGGGAUUGUUAUUGUUCCCAAGUUUUCAGCAGCACUUUGUUCUUAACCACAAGUUGUUGAAUGUGGCAAGGUGUUUCAAUUACUGUUAAACUAUUACCAUUUCAAUGGGUGCUUGUAACAGGCCUUGUGUAUAGUAACUUGCACUACGUAAAUAUGAUGUAAAUCCCUACGUUAUUUAGACAGUUAGCUGAAUAUACUGUACACUGUCAUGUUUCAUAAAAGCUGGAUGCUUUAAUAGAGAGUUUCUCAUUCAUUUUAAACAUGCCAUUUCUACUGCCUUGUGCAUAGCAGGGAAGGAGGCAAAGUGUAGGUGGUCUAUUCUGGGUAUUCAAUUGAUUUGUUAAUUUGCAUAUUUUCACUGGCACUCAAUAAAAGUAAGA